AGCGCUCGGAGCUCAGAAACUGCCAGCCGAGAUCACAAGCUUUGAGGCUGAAGCUGGAGGAAUGAAGGACUGAAAGAAAAAGAGACAGGUUAGAAGCAAAGAGCCUUGUGCAGGAAACAGCAAAAAGAAAAUUGCUCAUUAUAUUUACAGAGAGGCAAGUGACGGUGGAGAAGAGGACAAAGGGAGAGAAGAUAUGAAAGCCAAAAAAUACAAAUAGAGCGAAAGAGGGAAAAAAAAUGUCAAGAACAUCCAGCCAGAGAAAUGAAGAGAAUGAAAGUUUUAUGCUGCAGAGCCGUUCUGUGUUUUUCCGGCACAAAAUUCUCUCGCUGUUUUUAAGCCCUCCUGCAUUUGCCAGCCGUUGAUAUUAAGAGGGAUGUUCAGCGGUGCCAGCAGCAUCUCUUCUUCCUUCUCCUCUUCCUCUUCAUCUUCUUCCUCCUCCUCCUCUUUUUCCUCCUCCUCAUUCUCCUCCCAUCAGCAAGAAGACAAACCGAGGACAGUCUUGAAAUAUCGAAAUUUCCUCCUUGGGAUUUGCCAGCGCCGCGUUGCGCCAAGACUGUCGGAAUAAAGGACGCUGACUAUUGUAUUAUCGUUAUUUUAUUAAUUGGUCAGUAGGAAGAUUACAGAUGAGGAAAGGGGACGUCUGUCACCUUUCCUGCGCUAAGAUUGAAAAAUUAGACUGGAUUGAGGACAGCUUUAAAAUGAAGCAAAAAGAAUAAGAUUUUUAAAAACCGAAAGGCAUAGGAGCCCCCCAAGUAACACACUUUUAUUUGUAUUUUUUUUUUGAGAUUUAUUUUUUUUUUCCCGUGGUGGUGGGGGAGGUGAUUGGGUGGCUUACUAGCUACUGGGAAGCAGCUUCCCUUCCUUUUGGAGAUGAUUGUGCUAUUAUUCUUUGCCUUGCUCUGGAUGGUGGAAGGAGUCUUUUCCCAGCUUCACUACACCGUACAAGAGGAGCAGGAACAUGGCACUUUCGUGGGGAAUAUCGCUGAAGAUCUGGGCUUGGACAUUACAAAACUUUCAGCUCGCGGGUUUCAGACGGUGGCCAACUCACGGACCCCUUACUUGGACCUCAACCUGGAGACUGGGGUGCUGUACGUGAACGAGAAGAUCGACCGCGAGCAAAUCUGCAAGCAGAGCCCCUCCUGCGUCCUGCACCUGGAGGUCUUCCUGGAGAACCCCCUGGAACUGUUCCGGGUGGAGAUUGAGGUGCUUGACAUAAAUGACAAUCCUCCCUCUUUCCCGGAGCCAGAUCUGACUGUGGAAAUCUCUGAAAGCGCCACACCAGGCACCCGCUUCCCUUUGGAGAGCGCAUUCGACCCAGACGUGGGAACCAACUCCUUGCGCGACUACGAGAUCACCCCCAACAGCUACUUCUCCCUGGACGUGCAGACCCAGGGAGAUGGCAACCGAUUCGCUGAGCUGGUGCUAGAGAAGCCACUGGACCGGGAGCAGCAAGCGGUGCACCGCUACGUGCUGACCGCGGUGGACGGAGGAGGAGGGGGAGGAGGAGAAGGAGGAGGAGGCGGUGGGGGAGCAGGCCUACCCCCCCAGCAGCAGCGCACCGGCACGGCCCUACUCACCAUCCGAGUGCUAGAUUCCAACGACAAUGUGCCCGCUUUCGACCAACCCGUCUACACUGUGUCCCUACCAGAGAACUCGCCCCCGGGUACGCUAGUGAUCCAGCUCAAUGCCACAGACCCCGACGAGGGCCAGAACGGUGAAGUCGUGUACUCCUUCAGCAGCCACAUUUCACCCCGGGCUCGGGAGCUCUUCGGACUCUCGCCGCGCACCGGCCGGCUAGAGGUGAGCGGAGAACUGGACUACGAAGAGAGCCCUGUGUACCAGGUAUAUGUGCAAGCCAAGGACCUGGGCCCCAACGCUGUGCCUGCGCACUGCAAGGUGCUCGUGCGAGUGCUGGAUGCUAACGACAACGCGCCGGAGAUCAGCUUCAGCACCGUGAAGGAGGCGGUGAGCGAGGGCGCGGCGCCAGGCACAGUGGUAGCUCUGUUCAGCGUGACCGACCGCGAUUCAGAAGAGAAUGGGCAAGUGCAGUGUGAGCUGUUGGGGGACGUGCCCUUCCGCCUCAAGUCUUCCUUCAAAAAUUACUAUACCAUCGUGACCGAGGCCCCCCUGGACCGAGAGGCUGGAGACUCCUAUACCCUUACCGUGGUGGCCCGGGACCGGGGCGAGCCGGCGCUCUCUACCAGUAAGUCAAUCCAGGUCCAAGUGUCGGAUGUGAAUGACAACGCGCCGCGCUUCAGCCAGCCGGUCUACGACGUGUAUGUGACCGAAAACAACGUGCCAGGCGCCUACAUCUAUGCGGUGAGCGCCACUGACCGCGAUGAGGGGGCCAAUGCCCAGCUAGCCUACUCCAUCCUCGAGUGCCAGAUCCAGGGCAUGAGCGUCUUCACCUACGUGUCCAUCAACUCUGAGAAUGGCUACUUGUAUGCUCUGCGGUCUUUCGACUACGAGCAGCUUAAGGACUUCAGCUUUCAGGUGGAAGCCCGGGACGCCGGCAGCCCCCAGGCGCUGGCGGGCAACGCCACCGUCAACAUCCUCAUAGUGGACCAGAACGACAACGCCCCUGCCAUCGUGGCGCCCCUACCGGGGCGCAACGGGACUCCAGCCCGCGAAGUGCUGCCCCGCUCGGCGGAGCCGGGUUACCUGCUCACUCGCGUGGCGGCGGUGGACGCGGACGACGGAGAGAACGCCCGGCUCACCUAUAGCAUCGUGCGGGGCAAUGAAAUGAACCUCUUCCGCAUGGACUGGCGCACAGGGGAGCUCCGCACAGCGCGCCGGGUUCCAACCAAGCGCGACCCCCAGCGGCCUUAUGAGCUGGUGAUCGAGGUGCGAGACCACGGGCAGCCGCCCCUGUCCUCCACUGCCACCCUGGUGGUUCAACUCGUGGAUAGCGCAGUGGAGCCCCAGGGCGGGGGCGGGGGCGGAAGCGGCGGGUCAGGGGAGCACCAACGCCCCAGCCGCUCCGGCAGCGGAGAAACCUCGCUAGACCUCACCCUCAUCCUCAUCAUUGCGCUGGGUUCAGUGUCCUUCAUCUUCCUGCUGGCCAUGAUCGUGCUGGCCGUACGUUGCCAAAAAGAGAAAAAGCUCAACAUCUACACGUGUCUGGCCAGCGACUGCUGCCUGUGCUGCUGCUGCUGCGGUGGCGGGGGUUCGACCUGCUGUGGCCGCCAAGCCCGAGCACGCAAGAAGAAACUCAGCAAGUCGGACAUAAUGCUGGUGCAGAGCUCCAAUGUACCAAGUAACCCUGCCCAGGUGCCCGUGGAGGAGUCUGGGGGCUUUGGCUCCCAUCACCACAACCAGAAUUACUGCUACCAGGUCUGCCUGACCCCAGAGUCUGCUAAGACCGACCUGAUGUUCCUUAAGCCUUGCAGCCCUUCUCGGAGUACGGACACUGAGCACAAUCCAUGUGGGGCCAUCGUCACCGGUUACACCGACCAGCAACCAGACAUCAUCUCCAAUGGAAGCAUUUUGUCCAACGAGACUAAACACCAGCGAGCAGAGCUCAGCUAUCUAGUUGACAGACCUCGCCGAGUUAACAGUUCUGCAUUCCAAGAAGCUGACAUAGUAAGCUCUAAGGACAGUGGUCAUGGAGACAGUGAACAGGGAGAUAGUGAUCAUGAUGCCACCAACCGCGGCCAGUCAGCUGGUAUGGAUCUCUUCUCCAACUGCACCGAAGAAUGUAAAGCCCUGGGCCACUCAGAUCGGUGCUGGAUGCCUUCUUUUGUCCCUUCUGAUGGACGCCAGGCUGCCGAUUACCGCAGCAAUCUGCACGUUCCCGGCAUGGACUCUGUUCCAGACACCGAGGUGUUUGAGACUCCAGAAGCCCAGCCUGCAGCAGAGCGGUCCUUCUCCACCUUUGGCAAAGAGAAGGCCCUACACAGCACCCUGGAGAGGAAGGAGCUGGAUGGACUGCUGUCUAACACACGAGCGCCUUAUAAACCACCGUAUUUGACACGGAAAAGGAUAUGCUAGUCAAUUCUACAGAACUUACCUGAAGCAGCAUGAUUUGCACAAAGUCGACCAACAAAAGCAUCAACUUUUCAACUUCAUUAUCUUGGCCAUCCAGUUAGUUGUGUGUGACUGAGUAUUAGAUUUCCAGCGGAGUCAUCGUGGCCAAUUAUUAGGACCUAAUUGCUCUCAGCAGGCCUGAGAAAUGAGUUGAAAUGUGCAGAACUGUAGAAAACUUCAGAGGCAACUGACUUUGCCUCUCCGAUCAGUGUGUGCCUGUUUACAGCACUAUAUAUCUCUCUCUCCAAAUGUCACUGAGCCCUUUAGAUGUUUAUAUUCACCACAAGAAGCCAGUCAUAAAGAUAAAGGAAAUUUGUGCAUUAUAAAUGCAAUAUCACUGUUUUAAACUUGACUGUUUUAUAUUAUUUUUGUGUGAUCAAGUGUUCCCCCAACUAUUCCAACUUUACAAGAGAGAUUGUGAUUAUGUUCUUUUCACCUGUGGGUUAUAAAAAAAAAAUGUUGUAUUCUGAAGACCCACAAUAUCAAAGACAUUCUGUAGUUUAUACACCGUGUUGCAAAGUGUUUACUGUACUAUUUCAAAGCUUCUAAAUAAAUAUAAAAUAUAUAUAUUAUAUUAUAUAAUUUUCCUAAAAUGUGGUACAAAUCAGUUGGUUUUUAAAUGGAUUCAUACAGUCCACAUCAUACAAUAAAGUGAAAGGUAAUUCAGGGUCGACCCAAAGAUAAACUUACUAAGAAAAAGAUCAUUAAUAGUUCCUUCCCAGUUUUCAUGUCUUAUCCAACCCUGUUUUUCCUUGUUUAAAAGAAAACGAAGCUCUAAGCUACAAAAUUUUGUCAAGAACUCAUACUGAAUUUUCAAUGCCAAAGAUGUAGCUGUGGAUGUUACCAGACAGAGCACUGAAUAUAUGCUAUCAAAAUAUCAAACAAUCUAUAUGAUUCUGAUUCUAUUUCUAUGGCUUUGAAUUUAGAAUCACGUAAAGCUUUUAUAAAGAAUCUUUCACAUGUAUUUGUUGUUAGAAAAAAAAACUGGGUGUGUGUACAUUUUGUGGUGUAAAAUAUGUAAUUGAAGAUUACUAUUUUAAGAAGUCCUCCAUCAUAUAACUCACACAGAAUUUUAUUUUACAUACUUUUACGUAGUUUUGUGACUCAGUUGCACAGUAAUAUAAAAUAUAUUUAUAACUCUAUAUGAACAUAUAGAGAUAUAUAAGUAUUUGAACUGGUAAAGAAUAACCAUAAAUAUAAAGGAUCUCUAAAUUUAAAACAUUAAAUAAAUUUGGGGAUAUAUACAUGGUACAUUAUUGUUUCAGUAUUAUGUGUGAAAAUUUUCUAUCUUAACUGUAGUCAGUGUUUAUUAAUGGCAAAAUUCUUCAUGAGUCAGCCUUGAAAAAUCAAGCUUGCCUUUUACUUUUAUGUCAACAAAGUUAAUUAUUAAAUUCAGUAAGAUGCAGUUUUCUUCCUUUUACAUAUUUUUUUUCCUACAGUGGUUUAUUGCUUACUGAAACACAAUUAGGAGAGGGGGGAAAUGAGAGAAUGUGAGAUGAUUUCUAAGCAAAAAGUAAAAUUGUCACAGUUUCCCUCUUAAAAAGCAUUGAAUAUGAUAUCCCCAUAUGUCCCAUCCAAAUGACAGACCUAUUUUGAAUACUACCCUUAAUUUUAACUGAUCUUACAUUCAGUGUUAGUUUGAGCUGCACAAUGUUACUGAAGAAUAAACUAAAACUUAACAAAUAGUCUCUACCUGUUUUUAGGUAAUGGAAGUGAAUUUUCCUUAGAUUUAACAUUAAGAUGCAUACCUGAUUCACAUGUCCUGGAUGUUUACCUUUAGAGUGAUGUCUCAAUGUCACACAUUUGACUGCUAUCAAACUAGAUAAUAAAAUGUCAUAAUCCCAAUUAGUUUAUAGACCAAAAUAAUGUACUUUAAUAUUCCAGUCUUCGGGGACUCUUUAAAGAUGAAGCUAAUCCCUCAUAUGUACUAUAGAAAGCACAUACCUUCAUCACGUGCAGCAGUAAUAUUUUCCCAACUUUUGGCAUUUACUACAUCAAUAUUUUGAAUGAUAGACAAUUUUAGAAAGUAAACAUUUAUAUAUAAUUUAACUGGAAAAAAGUCUAUUUGUUCUAAUUGCUUCUUAAACAAGAAAAUUAUUUUCUUGUAGAAUCACUCCUUUGAUUAAAUCCUUUCAUGCCUCGUUUUACAAUCAUGGGGGAAAAUCCACAUCCAUCCUGUUUAUUACCUCUACUAAAAAUAAUGUUAUAAUCACUUCAUAUAUAAUAGAUAUAUUAAUUCAUUGGAUUGAAGGUAUUUUCUUUAAUCAUUUAACCCUUUAUUUAACCCAUUGUAUAUAUUUUUCUUUAAUCGACUUUUAUAACAUAUAUUUAAAUAUUAGCUUUUAUGUAUAUAUAUAUAUAUAUAUCUCAUAGUAACCUCAUAUAGUAAUUUGCAUUUUAGUUCUUAAAUUAUAUCAUCAUUCCACAAAACAAGUCAAAAAGAUUACCUAUUUUGAUGGACAGCACUAUCCCAAAGCAGAAUACUAAAUGAUUAGCUUAUUAAUCAAUCAUUGCAUCCACAGUAGGUCAGAAAUUACAAUACAGUAAAGAUCUUAUUUUUAGUAAAUUGUCAAAAAUGUUAUCCAUCCACAAGGGGGACUCAAAAAAUGGAAAGUACAACCAACUAAUAAUAAAGUUUGCUAAAUAAGUAUUAACUAAGCUAGUAUAUCAAGGAAUUAUAGUAUAGGCUUUCUAUUUAAUCUGGUCAUUCUAACAUCCAAUCUUCCAUAAUUUUUGUACAUGUAAAUGAAAAACAAUAUACAGAUUCGUAGAUGUAUUUCAUUGAUAAAUUACUACAGAAAUGAAUAAUCAUGCCAUUUACUCCUUGUUAACAUCAUGAGUUUUAGAGCAGUAAAAGUCAGAAAAUUUUCCUGUGGAAACAGUGUUUUAAUGCUUCAAUGGUAUGUCAAAUGACAAUUUUUAGAAAAUAUUCAUCCACAUGUAAAAUUCUAAUUAUUAGCUUAUCAACAUAAUUUUGUGAAACCGUUUUAAAUCAAAUAAUUAAAUACUUCAUCAGAAUUGCUUUAAAGAUAUAAUGAUGUCAAUAACAUAAGUGUAUCCUCUUUUCUUGGGACAUAUUAAGGAUAUAUGCAUAGUUUUGUUAGGAAGAUAUCAAACAUAUCAAAUUUAGAACUAUAGUAGAAGACUGAAAUACUUUAAUUACUCAUUCUGUUUCAUUUCUUAAUUGUGCUCUAAUUUGAUUCGUCAGAUGUUUAUCAUUUGGAAACCCUCCUGCUUUUCAAUAAGAGGAAUAAAAAAUUCUCGAAGUUCUCAACAUAAGCUUUCUUAACCAUGCAUUGAUUAUACUAUCUUACCUUCCCUAAAUCACUGACUGCAGCUCAGUUGAUCUUGAGUAUAAUUGCAGAGCUGGAAUGUGGCAACUGCUAAGCAGGAUAAAGGAUGCAUUUGUGUUCUUGACUGAUGUCAGCAUGGUUUUUGUCAUUGCAUGAGAUUUUCUCCGCUCACUUCUCUAUGUACUAUGAAUACCCAAGGAAAUCAAAAAACACUGAAAAAAUUAGUAUACUUGAUAAUUUUUUCUGAAAAUCUUAUAUUUUUCAUAUUAUGAUAUCUUGGGUUCUUUAUCUUUUUCAAGUCUAAUUUUGUAGUGGUAAAGCUUUGCACUUAACAUCCUUUUUAUGUUCCUUUUUAACAAGGAAAAACAGUAAAUAACAAAAUUCCAUAUUUUUUACACCACGGAGUAGUACAAUUAUUUUCUAUAUUGUUAGUACUUCAAGGACUAUCCCUCUGCUAAGUCAAGCAAAAUCCUUCUACAGUAAUUUGUGAAACUGUUCAGUAGAGUAUUUUUUUCUUCAGAAACUUGGCAUAGGCUUUAGACUAUAGCAUUCUUUAAGAAUGCGGUAGGUGGGUGCCGCCAGAGUAUUCCAGGCAAUAAUAUGAGUAAAAUUCUAAUACCUUCAGUGUGCAUGCAUGUAUUUCUAAUCACUGUUAUUUUUUAAGUAUUUGUAAAAUUAGAAAAAUGACUUUUAUUUCUUGACAACUUGUCACAUGCUUAGUUUGAAGUUUUACUCUCCAGAUAUUUUUGAGUUGUGCAAAAAUAUUGCAUCCAGGAUGCAAGUGUAUUGUGUUUUCACACAAGACUCAAAAAUCUCUGAAUGACAGAAUUUAGACUUUCAAACAUCCACACAUUCUUGAGCUGAAAGUAAGCAGGGAAUUUCAGCUCUAAACACAUUUUUUUUUUGAGACAGUUAUCUGUGAGUGAAAACAGGGUAUUAUAACAAAAGAUGAGUUUUGAUCUUAACUAUAGUGUUUGUUACUGUGAAUGCUAUAAUAAUACAUAAGUAAAAUGAGUGUAAAUGUAAUAUAUUAUUUUAUACUGCUGUAUACAUAUGAAAUAAAUAAAACUAGGAUACAUAUCAUGCCAUUUUUCCAUGCAUGGAUCUUCCACUGUGGGAGCUUUGAAUAAAAAUCAAUGGCAAAAAUGUGGCCCUAAGUUUAAAAACAACUAAUGCUGAUUUAGUAACUUUAGUCUUAAUAUAACAGGUCUAAGGGGGACAUCUGUUCAAAACUGAUUCUCAUUUGAUGCAACAUAUGCUAGGUUUGAAAGGAUUUCAUGUAUUUAUGGUUUUGAAUGUAGGCAAUUCCACACGAUUCUUAUGAUACCCAAGAUGAAUCCUUAACAUAUAUAUAUUUUUCCACCUGGUACUGUUCUUCUUUAACUUUUUUGAUCUGUAGUAAUAUCAAGGGUCCACAAAGAUUAAUGGAGAGGUUGUACAUAUGAUAUGGGUGCCUUCAAGCAAUAAAGAAAGGUUUUUGGUUUUUUUUGUAAAAUUUAGAAACAUUUCAUAUUUAAGGUUCAUAGAAACAAAAUGAAAAAUAAAGUUCUUAUGGGUAUCAUUGUCAAAGAAGAACAUAUGAAUUAAAGUUUAGAUAUUUUUUAUAAUGUUAACAUAAUCUGAAUGAACCCUAUAGAAAUUUCAAUUCUGAAAUAUCUAAGUGGUGAUAUAGAAGAAACGCCAUGCUUCUUAAUCUUGUGUGUGGUUUGUGUGACUCAAGUUCAAAUUACACAAAGUGCACACACAAGGUUCAUUUAGAAGGCAGUAAGCGGGAGGAUUAGGUACUUUUCUUGCUUUAAACGUCUAGUAUUUUCAACCCUGUGGGGAAAAAGAACUGAAUAAGAUACAUAGGAGUGAUAACACUCCAUGAAGUGUUAUCAGCUCUAACCACAGGGUGCCUGAGUCUCCCUGUAGCUCUUCUGCCUGCCCCUUACUUUCACCCUUUCUGAAUACCAUAUCAUGGACUCUUUCAUUAAAACAAGGUUGUGAAUUUUUAGAAGUAAAAUUAAACUUUAUUAAUUACAGAUUGAAGUUCGAUAGUGAGGGGAUGGGAUAUAAGAACAUAUGGUAAUAUAUGUCUCUUAAGAAAAUUCUAGUUUGUUUUAGGAGCCAAAGAAAUUGCAGGAAAAUAUCACAUAAUUAAAUAACCAAAUAAUUGAAUAAUCAGACAUAGUGGUCAAAAUCUAUCGGUGGCGUCAUGAAAUCAACUUAAUGUACAAAGAUAAUGACAUGAAAAGAAAAAGAAGUAAGUAGAAUAGAGAAAAAAAGUAGAUGAUAGAAAAACAUUAAAACAUACCACUUAUGUAAAAGUAAAUAGUUCUUGGAGAAGCUUUUUUUUCGGAUCUGUGUGUGAAAUAGGUCACAAUCUGAAAUGUAUUUCUGACUGUGCAUCAUUUCCCCAAAUGUUUGAAAUGUACUGUACCAUAGGAUCUCUGUUUCAAAUUUCAACUUAUUUAAUGGUGUAGAGAGUCAGGGAAGAUAUUUUUUGAAAAUGUACUUCUCAGAUGAAUCUUAGACUUUACAUUUUUGAAAAUGUGGAUAGGUAUAUUAGCUGUAGCUUUUUUUCUGAGAAUUAUGUGAACUGAUGUCUGUGAAAUGCACAACAUGACAGUCACAUGCAAGGGGUGUAUGUCAGUAUUAAUACCAUUUCCCAUCGCUUUGCCAAAUAUUCUUGGCUACCAAAAGUAGAGAACACACUCUCCAAAUGGAAAGAAUUCCUUUCUCACCAUUCCAGACUGCUGUAGACUUGUAUCUGAGCCGCACUUAACUUCAAAACCUCAAGAUGAAAGUGGGUUUCCUUUGGUAUUCCCUCCUGGGAUUUGCUCACCUCUUCCUCCCCAUUUACCAGUGCUGUGGAGCCCAAGAAAUAAAACUCAUGUCUGGCUUUUGCAACUCCUGUGCAACCUUCAUCCCAACUUUUGAAAAAAAAAAAAAAAAAACACCCUGAUUGCACUAGAAUAUUUACCCUACUUUUCUCCUUUGAUGCCAAUGUCCUUUCUAAAUAUCUAUUUCCAUACAAAUCAAUGUGUUGGAAACACUGCAGAUUUGAUAGAUCAUAUGUUUUUGCAUAUGUUUUUUGCAUAUGACUACUAUUCAUUUCAAAAAUAAUUGCACAGUAUUCAGCAUCUGCUCAAUAGUAUUGGAUUAUUUUAAUUGUUCUGAUUGUAGAUUGCGUGGUGUUGGCAAUCCCUAGCUUAGCAGUCUGCUCCCUAGAGCGAUCCUUUGGCUGUUAAAAAUAUUUCUAAAACCCCCCUUUUAUUUGAACAAUCUGUUAAAAGUUCUCUUCCUUAUCAUGGAAACUAGAUUUUUAAAUUUUCAGGUAAAAUAAGGUAGUUCAUAUUAAUCUGUAACUAAAUCAAUGUUUCUAAGGGAGCAUUCUUCUUUUACAAAGAAUGUAUUAAUUCAUGUAAACUUCUAAAGAGAAUAUUGCAUGGAUGAAGAUACUUUUUGUUUUGUUUGCUUAUUUGUUUUCCUUUGAGAGCAGUUGAUAAUCAUGGGGUAAUUCUUUAACCAAUCUCUCUGGGAACAAGAAACAUCUGAAUUAAGAUUAUAAUCACCAAAUCAAGAACACAACAGUAGUCUCUCUCCCCUCCCUUUCCUCAUCAUUGUGAAUAACUCUUCUCUUAAUAAUGAAAAAA